AUGCCUGAGCAUCUGAGCCCUUCGACAGCAGCACGACCAGAUGCCAUCAGCGAGCUGCAGCAGGAGAAUGAAGCCCUGAGGCUCCUCUCGAGGUCCCCCCACCCGUACCACCGCCAGAAAUCCGAGCUCUUGGAGCCUUCGGAUCGCUUCGCAACCUACAGCACCGCCCGCUCGGCGCUCCGGUCCAGCCUCGACGGCAACCAGCCGCGGAGCCGCACUUCGUUUCCGGCCGUCUCCCGCGACACCACUCCGACGAGCGACAGCGGAACCGAGGCCGACGAUGAACACUUCCUCAAAGGCCUGCCGGCCCCGAAGACGAAGCUGCACAAGGGCCUACGUGGGCGCAACGAGGUCCUGUCGGGAACCUCGACCCCUCUACCCUCGCCGGCACCGCUCGACGACGAUGGAAGACGGCAGUUGUAUGCCACCUCGGGUCCCAAGAAGGAUCUCGGGGUAGGCAAGGGGAAGCGGGCAGACACAGAUUACACGAGGCGCAUGAAGGUAAUAGUCCGGCGACUCACCGAGUUCCUAUUGCUCGGAGGGCUUGGUGCUCUAGUCCAAGCCAAUGACCAGGUCCGCCCAGUAUUACAAAGAUGGCAUACAGAGCUCUACACCGCCCUUGGCCUAGCAGGUGCUCUCGCCGCGCUCUAUCCCUUGAGGUUGACCGUUUGGGGAUACCGGCAUCGGUCACCUUCACAGAGGAUACCAAUUCAUGUGUCCACAUCACUGGACCCGGCGCCACUGUUAUACCCCCCGAGCAUCACCCUCUUCGUUUCCGCUCUCAUCGCGGCGAACAGCGAAGCAGUUCUGCUCCCCAAUAUCAUCCUAUCGCUCUGUUCUCUCCCGCCCGCUCUGUUCCCAGCAUUAUCGGAGGGCGAACUGUGUAGCUCGCUGCACUGGCUUAUAACAUGCAUUCCCCUCUUCCUUUCCAAAACAGACAGUGCCAAACUUGGAUCACUACCGCCGGGAACCAAUUCGCAACUUUCACCAUUGCAGGCCGAAAGCCUGGUUCUCCUAUACCCUCUACACAAAUAUCUGUGCAUGACUCUGCAUUCGUUCACGACUUCCAGUCUCUUGACUGCAGAGCUCCAGCUUCUAUCAGUAGCACUCCUCAACGUGCUACUGUUAGCAUACUCCCCGCAGAUCACCAUCCUCAAGGCCAUGCUGUGGGUAGGUGGUCUAGAUAUCCUCGUGCUGUGCAGGCGAGUGAUACUUUGGGCGAUUUCUCUUGCUCGCGUGCCCAAAUGGCGAUUCAAACGUGUCGAGUUGCCAACGAAACGCUCCUCCUCUAUAUUUGCUGCCCUCAUGUCGUGGAAACGAGUCCGGCACGAUUUAUUCCAUGCCUCCAUGGAUAGCUCCUCCUGCAGCUCAUGCGAAGCUGUGGACGAUCAUGAGGAUAGUGACGGCUUUGGAAGCCCUUCGUCUCAAGGGCUCGCACGCGUGAGGACCGUAGGGAUGGAUGGCGCCGAUGCGACUGGUUAUGAUGGGCCGCUCUCAGCUGUCGACGACGAUCGCCACGAAGUCAAAUUCACUUUGCCAGAAACGCAACAGGUCUUUGGCCAUCAACGCCGACAUACGUUGCCGACCCUCGAUAGACCGUCCAAGAAAUCUCCUACGCAUACACCGUCAGGUCGACGAAAGCGCUCAGCCUCUUCGUCUGUGCGAGCAUUCUUCUCGCUUACACAGACUCAAGCCACGACCAGAAAAUGGCUGUAUGCUCUAUACGUCUAUAUCUGCAUUAUCGGGGCGGUCUUUAUCCCUGUUGAGCUCCUCGGCGUUAAAGACUUUGUGCAGAAACAUGCCUUACAUGGAUACGAGCCGGUGGGAUGGGCGCUCGGCUAUCUUUUUGGCGAUCUGCCCUGGUUCCGGUGGCAAGUUGUGAGCCGCAACCUAGAACGGUGGAUUUGCCUUCCACCUCGAACAGAGAUCCAGGGGCUAGAUGAUCUCGGCUGGGUCCAGUAUCUUCGACUGGGGGUUUUCGGUGAAGCAAACACGCGACUUCUUCUAUGUGCCUACUACCUCCCGGUAAUCGCAUGUGGUCUCCUGGUCGUCUUUCAGCUUUCGCCAAUCUACGAGGUGGACACUAGGCGGAAAGUCUUCCACUUCAUGAUGGUGGCCAUGUUCGCCCCUUCCAUCUACGUUGACCCACCGUUCGUGGCACUGGCACUCUCGAUCGUGCUUGCUCUCUUCCUCCUCCUCGAUCUACUUCGAGCGAGUCAACUUCCGCCCCUUUCGAAACCCCUCGCGUCUUUCCUCGCACCGUACGUUGAUGGCCGUGAUCUCCGAGGGCCCGUGGUCAUCUCUCACAUAUUUCUCCUCAUCGGCUGCGCCAUCCCCCUCUGGUUGUCCCUCGGGUCACUGCCCCGAACGGGGUCUGGCUACAUGGAAGGAUGGGAGGUGCCUACUCGUGAGGUAAGCAUGGUGGCUGGCGUCAUCUGCGUCGGCUUGGGUGACGCAGCGGCCUCCCUGAUCGGCCGCCGCUAUGGACACCGCAAAUGGCUCUGGGGCGGCGGCAAGAGUCUCGAGGGCAGCGUGGCAUUCGCCACGGCGGUGUUUUUCGGCCUCAUGGCCGCGUACGUCUGGCUGCGCAUCGGCGGGUGGCCGUCUUCGGCACAGCUCGACACGCUGCCCGUGGUGAUAACGAAGUCGGGCGCCUGCGCCAGCGUAGCCAGUCUUACGGAGGCUGUCCUGACCGGUGGAAACGACAACGUGAUUGUGCCCGUGGUUCUCUGGACUUGUGUUAAGGGGCUCGGCAUCUAG